AUGAAAGCCUCACCACCGCCGUCGAGUUCAGAGGCUCCGGUCAUCAGCUCCAACGCUCGUAGGUUUGUCCUGGCCCAGUUCCUCUCGAGAUGUGCUCACACCUUUAUAACGACGGCGGUGCGUUACGAGACGCUUGAUAUGGUAGGACCUCGCAGAUAUGCCCAUUCCCAGAUCUGGCAGAACCUCACACGCACACUUUCAGCUCAGACGUCCGGUGUGAUAACGGACAACGCUCCGCCGAAAAAGGUUUAUGUUUUAACAGAUGUUUUCUGUGCGCUCAUGGUGAUGACUAUUUGGACAGGUUCGCAGAAUGUUCUACAGUUCUUAACAGUAGCCAACAUCGCCCUCGGAGUAGUCAUGGCAUUCUCGGGUCCCAUCGGCAAAAGUCUACCACCAUUAGUCGUCCGGUCCCGCUCGGAGCUCCCUAUGGUGAACUCGUUCGAGCUGACUGGUGAUAAGAUAGGCCGCUACCUCACACCGUUCGCUGUUGGAUUUUUCAUGAUGUACUUUGGUUUUUCGGCAUCAGUCUAUGUCAGUAUUGCUUUCUACCUUCUCGUAGUGACAGUGAAAUCGUCAGUGCAAGUGGACGAAUCUCCCAGUGGAAGCAGCAAAGAGAUGGGAGGCCAAAGGCCAGGCCUUCUGAGGCAGUUGUUUGAGGGAGUGAAGUCCUUGGGAGAUCCCAGACUCGGAGUACUUGUUCUCAAUACGCUCCUCACCAACGUGUUCGUUUAUCCAUUCCAAACAGCAGCUAUACCGGUGAUGUUGAGGCAGAUGGAUCCUGUGAACUGGAGGAGUUUAGCAAGCCUGGUGUCGUUGGGCGGCGUGAUCGGCCCAAUUCUGUCCAACGCCAGCGCCUUCCUCUUCAGUAGCGAUCCAUACGCUGGUCUGGUAUCGGGUAUCACUGCACAGAUCACCACGGGGAUGCUCUCAAUCUUCUGCGUCAUGGUCUAUCCACUCUUCCCCACUGGCACCGCCUACGCUGUACUGUUGUCGACCCUCUGGGUGUUGGUCAUUGCAGCCAACAAUCAGUUUACGAUAUUCUUCAACUCUCUCCAGCAAAUGGUCCUCCCAGCGAAUCAACGAGGGAAGUUUAUAGCCAAUCUCUUGGCUGUGUUCACGAUGGGCAACGCUGCGGGUCUGUGGGUAUUCGGCCAGGCAAUAGCAUCUCCUGAGCAUCUCCAAUCCAACGUAUGCUGGGUACUGGUCCUGUCAGUCCUCCUCAGAAUGAUCAUCGGUGGGGUUGUACUCUACCGAAGAUCAGCACUGCGUCGUGCAGCCUCUACGACUGAUGGGACGACUGCUUCUACUGGUGGGAACCAAAUCAAUGACCGCAACCUUUCUGAGUGA